CUUGAAAAUAAGACUGAAAUUAGUGAUAGCGUUGAAAACGGAAGUGCCUACACAACCUACAUAGUCAAAACUCCUGCCCGCUACAACUACGGCGAUGUGAUUCGACUACAAUGCGUUGUAAGCCCAGAUUCUUUGUCUGCAAAGUACCAGUGGACAAAAGACAAAACUGUAGUGGGAACCAGCCCUAUCCUGGACAUCCCCAGCUUCGCUCGACAAGACAUCGGCCAGUAUCAAUGUCGCGCACUCAUUGGCGGGACAUAUAGCUAUGCGGUAGAGACUCUGCCUCCGCCAUCAGAGGAAACUACGGACCUCAACGUAAAGCCUCCUGUCGUGAACACUACCGUCUUUACCCCAUUUCAAAUCGAGUGUGUCUCUCAUCGUCUGGGCAUUCGACCAAGAGUGUUUUCCUCAGGCGUCAACAUCAGUCGCGAUUUUCAAUUCGAGACAACUCAUCCAGACCCACAAUCGGUGAUCGUCUCCGUUCCAGGAGGCCUGCCAGCAAUUUACAGUGGAAUUUCCAUCCAGUGCAUCCUGCCAGAUGGUGUAGCGAAGCGGGUACCAAUUUUCCUGCACGAUUCCUGCCCGUCAACGCAAGUCCGAUGUCGCAGUGGCGAAUGCGUGGCCGUUGACAGCAUUUGUAACGGACGCAUUGACUGCAAGGACGGUUCUGAUGAAACUACUUCGAUGGAUGAGUUGUCAAUCACACCUCAGGAAAUUCGAGAGAGACCGUGGGUCGCGUUUACAUUCGCGUGUCGCGCUCCUCCUGGACACCGACCGGACUUUGUCCUGGAAGAUAGUCAACGGCCACUUGAUAAAGACAACCGUUUCUCCGUUUCUCGACCCCAGGAAAACGAAAUUGUAGUAAAUGUGCCCUAUGGAAUUCGUGGGGACGAUAUCAAGACAGUUUGGUGCAUUUUGGCAACGGGUGCCCGAAAGCGCCUUGACGUAUUCAUUGAACAAACCUGCACCACUGGCGAAUACCAGUGUGCCGAUGGAGGCUGUCUGCCAGCCCAAGUUUUUUGUGAUGGGAGGCCCGACUGCAGCGAUGGUUCGGAUGAGAGAUUUUGCGAAGCACACGCCUUGAUUAAUAAACCCAUGGACUAUGCCUUUGAAGUCAUCAAACCUGGCCUGAUUAUUGUGCCUGGAUCGAUAAGCGUCUACCCAAAACAGCCCUUCACAUUUGCCUGCACUGCUGCCGAGGGUGUCAGGCCUGACGUCUCCAUGGCGCGCGACCAGCGCCCAGUCUCCUCUGACCGACGAUUCCAUGUCGCACGACCACGUCUGAACAGCGUUGUGAUUAGCUCCACCUACGGGCUCAUUGAGACAGAUGAUAUGACCAUUUUCACUUGUACGACGCCUUCUGGGGAACAGCGACAAUUGGUAAUUUCUGUGGAUCAUCCGUGUGGCCACGGAAUGUUCCAGUGUGAGGCGCAGACUUGCAUCCCCAGUGCUUCAGUUUGUGACGGGCGAAGAGAUUGUCGCAAUGGAUCCGACGAGGACUGGCGAUACUGCCGCCUUGCACGUCCUGGCAUGGACGUUGCGCCAACAUCACUAACCGUUGCGGCCUGGAGCCCUUUCAAUUUCUCCUGCGUGACAUCUCAUGAAAGUCGGCCAAUAGUAGUCAACAUGGCAACCGGGAUGCUUGCGGACAGGGACCCGCGAUUCCGGGUGGAAAGACCGCAUGAACAAACAGCUCUCGUCUACGCGCCUUACGGCCUUGACGGCAGCACGCAUGAGGCAACAUUCAUCUGCAUAUCAGGUGAUGGGAGUGUGGGGGAGGUGGUCGUAAGGAUUGAGUCCCGCUGCGGCGACGGACAGUCCCAGUGCAGGAGUGGCGAAUGCAUCCUCACAUCGCAAUUUUGCGAUGGAUACCGAAAUUGUCAGGAUUCCUCGGACGAAUCGUCUUUAUUCUGCCAACCAACUCUGUUAGACGAAUAUCGACGCGAAGUCCUCCCUACUGCUUGGGGGUUGCGGAGGGGUCACGUUGCUGGUACCAGUGGGCCAUGGUCCAAAAAUAUUUCCCGAACGCUUUUCGCGCUUGAUUCCGCUGCUUCUCUUCUUGUAACCCUCUCCGGCGGGGACACACCGGAAAUGAGUUUGACUGUGACACCCAACUCCAUUCGAACAACACCUUGGAAAGAGUUCCAGUUUGUAUGCACGGCCUCCUCCGUCAGUCGUGUUGACCUCGUCUUCACCAAAAAUCGUUUAUCAGUCCUUAACGAUGCGCGAUUCAAUGUUGUUAAAUUCAGUGAAAACAUUGUCCUGGUGACUGCACCCUCGGGUCUUCGUGGAAUCGACGAUGUCACAAUUGAAUGUGCCCUUCCCACGGGUGAAAAGGAUCACAUUAGAAUAACAGUUGAUGACCCCUGCCCUCACGGUCAGUCCCAGUGCAUGGAUAAGCGGUGUGUCAGUACAGUGUCAUUGUGCGAUGGGCAUAGAGAUUGCGAGGAUGGAUCUGACGAGGAACCGCGUUUCUGUGGAGUAGUUAAGUGGCCAAUGGAUUUUGCGAUCUUCCCUUCAUCAAUUGUCUCUCCGCCAUGGAAGCAUUUCACGUUUAUGUGCAUAGCUCCACCAGACAGCCAAGCCACCAUUGUGUUCCAAAGAGACGGCAAAAUGGUUGAGGGUGAUCCUCGUUUCGACGUUUUCAGAAGAAACGCCACCACCAUCGAAGUGAGCGCCCCAUUCGGGCUUCGUGGACCAGACAGUACAGUACUGGAAUGCGUUACUCGAGCAGGGGAGAAACGGCAGAUCUCCAUCACGAUUCAAGACCCCUGUCCUCUCGGAUGCACUUCUUGCAGAACCAGCCUAUGCAUUGAACAGAACCAGCUCUGCGAUGGCAGUUCUGACUGUUCUGACGGCAGUGAUGAGCACGAGGACUUCUGUCAAAAGGUGUACCAGUCAACCGUUACUAUCAAUCCUAACCUCAUAAACGUGCCUGAAUGGACUUACUUCAGUUUUGUCUGCAGUGGUCCCCCGGGUGAGGAGCUGAUGGCAGUUAUAAAGGGAAGGAGGUCUCACGUGGACACUGACCCAAGAUUCCGUGUCACUGCCCACAAUGCUACUGCCAUCGAGGUAGUAGCUCCCAUGGGUCUACGUAGCAGUGACGACUUGGAAAUCGAAUGCUUGACAUCCACCGGUAAGCGUAAGGACAUCGACAUCACAAUUGUGGAUAGCUGUGGCAAUGGCGAAUCCCGUUGUAAAGAUGGACGUUGUAUUCCACAAUCCUACGAAUGUGAUGGGAUUCCACACUGUCCUGACGGUUCGGACGAAUUACCCAGCUUUUGUAAAGGAGGAAGAUCGGCAAUCAAUAUCGCACCAGACUCUAUCACUAUUCCUGAAUGGACUCCGUUCCGAUUUGUCUGCGACAGUCAAACGGGUCGCGUGACUGCGUACUUCAAAGACAGCGGGGCACUCGUUGAAUAUGACCACAGAUUUCACGUUGCUUGCUUCAACUCAACUGCCAUCGAGAUUUCCGCUCCUUUUGGAUUGAGAAACGUCGAUGAUAUGGAAAUUGAAUGUGUAUCCACAAAUGGAGAUCGGAAAUCAGUUUUCAUUGCUGUUGAAGGCCACUGUCCGAGAGGAGAAUCACGAUGUAAGGACGGUGGCUGCAUUCCCGUUUCACAACUCUGCGACUUUGUUACCCACUGUAAAGAUCACACAGACGAAAUCCCCGACUUCUGCCUAGGAUACUCAAAACCACCAAUAAUAAUCGAUCCACCAAUGAUAGACAUACCAGCUUGGCGAUUGUGCGUCUCGUCAGCUGGUGAGAAAAAGGAGACAUUAAUAACAAUUCGAGAUGUUUGUGGUCAUGGGUACACGCAGUGCAAAGACGGACCUUGCAUUCUUCAAUCACAACUUUGUGAUGGAAUUCCACAUUGCCGUGAUUACUCGGAUGAAGACCCCAAGUUCUGCAGAGACCCUGUCAGGCCUUCCAUUGUAGCCGACCCCCGGCAUAUCUACAAGCCAGCAUGGAUGGACUUCGAAUUCAUUUGUCGAAGUUCAGAUGGUGGCCAGAUUGAUGCUGUUUUUGCCAGAGAUGGGUCUCGGGUCGACGCCGAUCCACGGUUUCGUGUCACAGUUUAUAAUGAAAGUGCUCUCGUUGUCUCCGCUCCUGAGGGUCUAAGAGACGUGGACGACCUAACGAUACAAUGCAUUUCAACGACUGGGCAAAAACGAGACAUCGUGAUUACCAUAACGGGCAGUUGUGGAAGCGGAUACACCCAGUGUCGUGACGGGCGGUGCAUUCAGCUGUCUCACCUCUGUAACGGCAUUCCACAAUGUCAGGACCACUCGGAUGAGAGCAGAAACUUCUGCCAAGGACCAACCACACCGACAUUGUUGAUUGCCCCACAAAAGAUCGAUGUUUCAGCUUGGGAGAACUUUGCGUUUUCUUGCGUUAGCAAUGACGGAAGUCGAGUGAGUGUGGUCUUCAAGGCCGAUGGCUCGCCAGUCGAAACGGACUCAAGAUUUCGCGUCACUCGAUACAAUACUUCAAAUCUCCUGGUCACAGCCCCCAGGGGACUUCGGGACAUCGACGACAUGGAAAUUGAAUGCGUCACUACCUCAGGCCAAAGAGGGGGCAUAAUAAUCACGCUUCCUGAUUCCUGUGGAUUCGGUUACACUAAGUGCAGAGACAACCGUUGUAUUCACGAGUCACAGUUGUGCGACGGAACCGCGCAUUGCGACGACAGAUCGGACGAAGAUCCAUCUUUCUGUAAGGGUAUGUCGAGAAUCAUUUUAGUUUACGAUACUUUGAUGGGUAGUACAGGAACUGGUACAUUAGACAGACCUCGGGCGUUAACACUCGAAUUUCUCUAG